AUGGAAGCGAAGAGGUCAUCUUCUAACACCUUUAGCAGUGUAUUCAAGGCUUAUUUCUCAAGUGGAAGCAAGUACGAGGAGCACUGGGAAAGCAGUGGCAGAAGAAUAUUUUCCAGUGAUGAAGACAAAACAUAUUUGGUUGCUGAGCCUGGUGGAAGAAAGUAUGAUUGUGAGUACUGGGAAGGUAAUGUGAGUGGGAGAAGAAUAUUUGCAAGUGAUGAAGACAGAGAGCAUUGGGUUGCAGAGCCUGGUAUUGACAGAAAAGCUUCUGAUUUCAUUGCUAAAUACUACGCCACUCGUUUCACUGACUAUCAUCGCCAAUAUGCAUCUUGA